AUGGCCCUGUACCACCAAACCGUGGAUUUCCUGUCUGACUCCUGGGCCAACCAACGAACGCAACUGCCUCUAUUAGCAGUAUCGGGGGCAUCCUUCACACUCGGCCUACUUCUUCGAUCGAUUUUAUCCGCCCGCGAGUCAACACAGACAGUUAUCCCUUCACCCCGCGCAAGAAUCUUGAACGGCAUAUCGGAAGAAGAAAAUGACAACCUCCCUCUCCCGAAUGACGUGCUUCCCGGUGCCCGCGACGUUGCCAGUCCUUACGGUUCAAUCCGAGUCUAUGAAUGGGGUCGAGAGGAUGGUCCAAAAGUGUUGCUGGUGCAUGGUAUCACCACGCCAUGCAUCGCCCUCGGCGGGGUGGCCCAUGCGCUAGUUGACCGGGGCUGCCGAGUAAUGCUGUUCGACCUUUUUGGGCGAGGAUACUCUGAUUGUCCUGCGGAUCUGCCUCAGGAUGACCGUCUUUUUGCGACUCAGAUCUUACUUGCCCUGGCCUCAUCACCGAUCGCCUGGACCGGCAAGGAUUCAGGAAAGUUUUGCCUAGCGGGUUAUUCACUUGGAGGUGGAAUCGCUGCGGCAUUUGCGUCUUAUUUCCCGCAAAUGUUAUCGUCAUUAGUUCUCCUCGCACCGGCCGGUCUACUCCGAGACUCGCAAAUCAGCUUCCAGAGUCGUCUCCUCUAUUCCCGUGGCCUGAUGCCGGAGAACCUUCUUGGAUAUCUUGUGGGUCGCCGACUACGAGCUGGACCCUUGGUCACCCCUAAGCCCGGCAACCGAAAGCUUAAUGUAGCGGAUGCGCUCACCGAAGAACUCCCGUCGCAAACUGCGGGAGAGAUUCAAUUACUUUCUCGUGACUACCCGCAUGUCAACAUUCCAGCUGCUGUUGCUUGGCAAGUGAAUAACCAUUCUGGUUUCGUCCACGCCUUCAUGUCUAGUAUGCGCCAUGGGCCAAUCUUGAGCCAACGGCAGUAUAACACCUGGGCCCGUCUUGGGGAGUACCUGAGUGCGCAGAAUAGUUAUUCGUCAACAAACCGAGGCGAAAAGGGACUAGGCAGUGAUAAGGUCCACAUUCUGUGUGGCAACAGCGAUGCUAUAAUUAUCAAGGAUGAACUGAUUGCAGAUGCCACAGCAGCCUUGGGCGGAAACGUUGCCUUCAAGUUCUACGAGGCUGGUCACGAAUUCCCCAGCACCAAGUACGAGGAUGUCGCGACGUACAUAUCGAAAUUGCUUUGA